UCUCUUUCUCGUGUUGUUCUUGUUCCAAGUGCGGAUUCCUCUUCUUUGCUUGUUCUUGGCUCAGAGAGAGAGAGAGAGAGAGAGAUGGAGGGAGGAGAGGAGGUGGCAGUGGAUCGGAUGGUAGACUCGAAAGACAUGCAGCAGCAGAGCAAGGCAUUGGACAAGCUCACGGAUCGUGUGGAGGACCGGCAGCUCAACUCCACCCGUGUCCAAGAGGCUAUGGCAGCACUUGCUUCAUCAAAAGAAGCUGACUGGAAUGCAAUGAGAAUGAGAGAGAAAGAGUUGGCUGCAGUUAAGAUCAAUCCUGCGGAUGUAGACAUCAUUGCAAAUGAGCUUGAGUUAGACAAGAAGGUGGCCGAGCAAACACUUAGGGAGCACAAAGGUGAUGCUGUCGCCGCAAUUCGCUAUUUACUUCGUUAGAAACAUGAGCAGUAUACUCCUUGACUUCUAGUUCAGCAUCAAGCCUAGAAAGUUACUUGUAGUUGACAGUAGAUACUGCAACUGCAACUCUUUUUGUGCUACCUGUAAGAGCUGGGUUUUGUGUUACACUUCAUCAUUCAUGUUUUGACUUGUUUUUCCCCCUUUCUCAAGUUAUGGACUAUUCAAAUGACACAAAAACACCUGCUUCCUUGUUAUCAUGUUCGAGUACUAUGAUGUUUA